AUGUCCAAGCCGGCUCUCAUCUUUGCGCCCGGCGGGUGGUGUCCCCCGAAUAUCUUCGAUUCUCUGAUCGAGAAGCUCGACGACUACGAUUGUCACACUGUGUCCUUCCCAUCAGUCCAAGACCCAUCUACCGUCCAAGACCUGGAGCCAGAUAUUGCCGCCGUCCGUUCUCUCGUCGAAAAAGCGGCUGAUGCCGGCCAAGAUGUGUUCGUCGUUGCGCAUAGCUGGGCCGGGGUACCUGUAAACAGUGCCUUGGAUGGGGUGGCCAAGUAUGAGCGCGAAUCCUCAGGCAAAAAGGGCGGUGUUGUCAGGAUAAUUUUCAUUUCCGCAGUCAUUCCUGCUCUUGGAGAGAGUCUUGUCGGGUUAUUUGGUGGGGCUCCGCCGCCGUGGUUUGUGCGAGAUGAGCCGAAUGGGACUGUCAUGCCUAGUGAUCCUCAGGUGCUCUUCUUCCACGAUGUACCCGAUGGGGCAGAAUGGGUCAAAACCCUCCGGCCGCAUGCCUGGGUCACGAAGACCGCCCCCGCUACAAAUGCUGCGUACUUAGAGCUUCCAGCUUCUUACCUUCUAUGUGAAGACGACCAGGCUUUCCCUUUACCCGUACAGCAUGUCAUGGUGGAACGUGCAAAGCGUAAGGGUGGCCUUAUCACGACAGAAAAGAUCAAAGCGUCACAUUUCCCUUGGCUUUCACAGGCCGACGAAGUGGCCUCUUACAUCCGCAGACAGACCGUUGAGACGGACUAG